CAGUUUGAAUCCUGCUGUUUUUGUGACUGUUGUUUUAAUGUUUAAAUCUUUUUGUCACUCUCUCUAUGAGAUUGGCUUUUCUAUUUUUUUUAUGGCUGCAUGUAAAUCUUCUUUAUCCAUAAAAUGUUUGUUUUUUUAAUCUCGUGAAACAUGUUGCAUGUCAAUGUGGUGUGUGGUAGCGUAUUGGGCAACAGCUUUCUUUUGAUGUUGCCCAACAUGUAUAACCAACACUAGUUUCAUAAACAUAAACAUAAACUGUACUAUAGGUCAAAAGGGAAUACUUAAAGGGACACUGUGUAAAAAUUACUCCCAUCUAGUGGUACAAUUGUAUGUUGCAUUCAAACUAAUAGUGCUCGCUUGUUCAAAAACUACGGUGGGCAGUAUGUGCCAAGAAGCUGUGUCAUGACAUCCAAUACUACCUCAUCGAGUCAUUCAAGUGAUGAUGAGGUUCGUUAUUUCAAACAAAUUUCAAACUGCAUUGAUUCAUUAGUGUAAGCUAAUGAUGUAUGAGUAAUUAUUCCUCGAGCAAGAUAGUGUAUUAUUUCAGUCAUCAUUCACGCUGGCUCAGAGUGCAAACCCUAACCCUGUACCACGUAGUGCUUUUUGUCCCUCUCGGCAGUUCAUAGACCGGAAGAACAUGGAAGCCUCCAUGAAGCUUACCCGUCCUAUGUAACUACAUAUUAACUAUUCUUCGCUCAGGAGGAUAAGUGAGAUUUUUGGCAGAGAUAAUUUUACACCAAUGAGGACUUACUUAUGAAUGAAUACGUUGAUUUGAGGUAAUAAAUGACUUAAAAUAUUACACAGUGUCCCUUUAAUAGUGUACCUGUUCUGCAAGUUUAGUAGAGAGUAUGCAUGACUAAUAGAUAAACAUUGUAAUAUAUGUCCUUAGACAGUUUCAUUGUGACAAGAGGUUGGCGUCAUGAUUCUGGUGGGUUGGCAGAAACUAUUGUAUGACAGUGCUUGUUAUUACCCCUAUAUGUGGUAUCCCUUCAGCCCUUUGGAUUUCUACAUAGAAGGCAGGUAACCGGACUCUAGUCUUUCUCGUCUACUGGCUGGCUUACAGAUUCGCUUCUAGUGUUUAAAUUAGCUCUAACCCUAGCUUGGCCAUGAACACUUUUCACGCAUUAGCUGGGCAUAUAUGUGCCUGGCUUUUGUGUUAUUGUUUUCAUAAGUGUGUGUGUGUGUGUGUGUGUGUGUGUGUGUGUGUGUGUGUGUGUGUGUGUGUGUGUGUGUGUGUGUGUGUGUGUGUGUGUGUGUGUGUGUGUGUGUGUGUGUGUGUGUUUUUGUGUGUACAUGCAUGUUUUUAUGUAGACUGAGAGUGACACAUGACACAUUGAUAGUGUGGAAUGCAACCCUAUGAGAAGAAGACAUAAACAAUGGAAGAGGUGGAGAGAGGAACAGAAGGAACAGAAGAGAGAGAGAAGGCAAGAGAGGGCGAGACACAGUGGAGGAGAGGAAAAACCAGUGUGGCAGGUUUACGUCACUGUACAGCAUUCAUCACGCAGGCCUGAUGGACGGAAAAGGCGCGGCACGGACAGGGGGCCCGACGUUCCUCAUGUUGUGUUCUGCGUGAGCCCAGCGCUACGGUGCGCCACCAGAGGCAAAAGGAAAUGUGACGGUGUUGCCCUGGUAACCCAGAUGGGAGGCUUUGUGCCUUAGCCAGGCAGGUGUGUCUGUAAGUUGACACUCGCAUGCGACAGUGAGUGCAAGCAGCUCCCAGCUCAAAAACACUGUCAGGUAGGCCGAGAGAGGACAUCAUAUGGCCCCCUGUAGAUGACGGCAUUGAAGGCUGUUGUCCGAAGUCAUCUUUGCCAAUGAGGAUUCAACAGAUCAGUAUCUUAAACCUGGAAAGACAAAACACAGAACUCUUCAGAAGAGGAGACCAGAGAAGCCCUUUUUGUUGUUUUACCGCAGAAGGGGAAAGAGCAUCCACAGUGUCACUGGAAUUCCAUGGUGGUUGAAAUCAUACGUGCCCAAGUGUGCAGCUACUCUUGGUAACUAUUGAAAGACAAUUAUAAGAGUGCUGCUGCCCUGGCACUCUGUCAACUGUCUAUGCCCUUGGAAUAUUGGCUCAUGACAACACAAACUGAGUGGAGAGCAGACGCAGGCUCACAUACAGCCCAACCCUGAGGAGCAGCAUUCACUCCUUCCCAGUGGUAUUUGUUAUUACCCCACAGGGGGCUUUUUUUCUUUAUGCUUCCGGACAUGGACAUGCCUCUGCUCUCCAAUCCUGUGAGUGAGUACAACAAGAGGGAGACUGGAGCCCAUGUCAUAGUUGACUCUGAAAGUGCUCUCUUCUACAGACUCACGCGCAGUGCAGGCAACAGGAGAGUCAUGCCAGCAGACAAGUACCGGAGCCACAAUAAGUAUUUUACUGAGAGGGACGACCCGAUCCCUGGCAUGAACAGGCAAGAUCACAUCCUUUGUAGAAAUCCAGCCUGGCCUGCCAAUCGAUCGGGUAUCGUUACUGUAAGCGCGGACAGGCAAACAUUGUCGUCUGACUUGAUAAGCCAGAAUUACUCUGAAAGCCAGGCACCUUGCGUACGGGGAAGGACUGAGUGGAGGAGGGAUUUCCUACCAAGCAGGAGCAGAAGCUUGGACUGGAGAGAAGCAGCCCCCUGCCCGACCCAGGCCUCGAGGACCGGACCUCUGACACUUACUUCAGGUUACCAAGCAGGCCUGGUUAGCAACAGGUCCGGGAGUUUGGAGAGAGGAGGCCCCAGAGACAGAGCCAGAGCCAUGGUCACUGAGGGCCGUGUCAUGGCAAGAGCCAAUUCUCUUAACUCUGGCGGUUUGGCCAAUGGCCAUGGAGAGAGAAUCUCAGUGGGAAGAAAUCUAGAACCAAGAAGGGGACUUUCGGGCUAUGCUAUGGAGAAAUGUGAAUGGGGCCAAUCUCUCCCCGUCAGGAUAGGAGGAGGCCAGAGUAUCUGGGAGAGAAUUGAGAAGCUCUACCCCUCCCAGGACCCCAGUAAAACUAAGGGAUUUGUUCGUACAAAGUGCCUAUCAAUCCCUAUUGGAGACUGGCCACUGUAUGGUGGAGAAGGACGUGCCACUACAGCUAGAGGCGAGGCAUUGAGCCCUAAUUCCUCUUCCUCCAUGGAUAACCCUACUACCUAUCAAAGUCGACUGUGCUAUGAGGGGGGAUCAGGGGGGACGUUCCCUAGAUGUUUCUCAAGGGGAGCAACAAGCAGCCUUGAGUUACAGCAAAACGGUAAAUCCUCUUCAUCAUCACCUGAUAGUAAAAGCUCAAGCUUCAAUUCAGAAGAGUCGAUACCUUCAGUGUCUCCAGUGCCAGAUUAUACUUGGAGGAGAACCUCAGGGAGGCAGUGGCAGAGUAUGCUCCUAGAGGGACGUAGUGUUCAGUGGGACAGAGGUACACAACAGUUAGGCACCAGGUCUCUGGACAGACGCACAGCCAAUUUCACUAAGACGUGGGCUGUGCAAGAAGCGGGACUUGUGCCCUGUGCCAUCAGAAAACCACAACCUCCCCUAGAGGAGGAGUCUUCAGUUCCCUCCCCGAACGAGCCCGGACAUACGGAUGGGAGGGCAGGGAGAAGUGAGGAGGAGAAUGGGACAGCAGACGCCGUUGAAGGCAGAGGUGGUGUGGAAACAGCAGGCGGGACAAGCCACAGAGUGAGCAGCGCUGAGCUGAGAAUGAGGUCAACGGAACCAGAAAAAGAAAAGAAAAGAAAAGAGAUGCAGAGUGAUGCCAGAAUGCUUGGAGAGAAAAUGACAGACAGGGAAGGAAAUGGAGCAGUGGAAAGUAGCAGCGUGGCCGAGGACGUGUUUGACUCAGGCGCUCCACACAUCGCCCUCGGACCCACGGUGAAGAAGGCAGCGCCUCAGAAGCUGAUCAUUCCCUCGGCGGCCAGCGUGAGGAAUAAGAUCCACCAGUUUGAGAGUCUGAGUCAGAGAGCUGUGGGCUCCGCCGCCGGCCAGUUCCCCAAGCCCACCAGGACCUUCUCCGUUCCAGUCCAGCCCAGUUGGGUCAGUGGGGGGGUGAGAAGGAGUGCAUCAGAAAAAGCGUUGAGCAGGCUCAAGGGAAAGAGGGAGGAGGUUGGAGAGGGGACAAGGUAUGAGGAUAAAAGGAGAGAGGAGGAAGAAAACAUAUCAGAGGGCAGCUCAGGGAGACGCAGACAAGGGAGUCUGGACAGGAUUCAAGAGAAGUCUCAAGUUGCACAGAGAAGCUUGAACCAGAGGUUUGAAUUUAUGGAGGAGGUAGGAAAAGGAAUGAACAGCAGAGAUGUUGACGUCGUUGAAAGCAGAGACGUGGAGGUUUUUGGUAAAUAUUCAAUGCCAAAGAAUGAAAUGGAGAUCCCUUUGAACAGACAAGCCAGAAGCAAAUUAUACAUAGAUGAGACAGAUGUCUGCAAAGCCAGGCCAAGUAGGGGAGAUGCUACCUCCACUCUUACAUUAAACCUUCUUCAUCACCUUGACCCCUCCCUCAGCAGUCCAGAGCUAAUGGGGGAUCAGAACCAAUCUAUCUUAGGCAUGUCUUCCGAUGUCGGCGACGGGGACAAUACUCCGACCAACAUUUCCCUGGACUGGCCUUUCCUCUCACACCACCCACUGCCAGGACAUUCCACUCCCACUAGCACCACCACCAUUGAUGGACAAGAUGAGAGCGGUUACAUUGCCUCUGAAAUCUAUGAGCAGACACAUUCAACACCAGAGCCAAGUCCAUACAGGAGCCUCGUGGACCUGGCCCCUCCUGUCGCCACCGAUCCCCAUCGCAAGGGGAAGAAACGGAACGAGGACCUGAAAGCCUGGGUGGCCAGCGUGAACCAGAAGAUUGAGGGCUGGAGCGACGAUGAUGAGGAGUAUGAUGAUGAUGAUGAUGAUGAUGAUGAUGGCACAGAGAAAGAUGAUGAUUCCAACUAUGAUUCAGACUCGGCAGACUCCUCAUUGACUAUAACCAGUAACAUGAGCCAAUCGGAUCGCAGGAGCUUCUCUGUGAGCCUUGCAGACCUGUGUAACUUCGGCGGAGUGGACUACGAGUCCGGGAGUGAGAGUGAGGGGUGUCUCCCCGGGCGUCGCUCGGCCUCCCUGAGUUCCGACACCUCUGCAUUCUCCUGCGUGUCAGUGAUGCCCACCGAGGAGCUGGACCGCCUCCUGGCUGAUGUCAGGAGCCUGGACGAGGACUCUCUGCAGAACUACAACGACGUGGUGGUGGUGGUCCUCCAUAAGGACAUCGGAGUAGGGCUGGGUUUCAGCAUGGCAGGAGGAGCAGACCAGAACAAGCCAAUCACGGUGCACAAAGUAUUCCCCCUUGGGGCUGCAGCCCAGGAGGGCUCCAUGCGGGCUGGUUACCAGGUCCUGUCCAUCAACGGCACAACCCUCUGUGGCUCGGGACACUGGGAGGCCACCCGGACCCUGAGGAAGGCCAAGAGCCGGGGGAUGGGGGUGGUGGUCCUGAAGAGAAGAGGGGUCCUCGCUCCCUCUGCAGGAAGAGAGGGGGUGGAUGAGCUAGACAGUGCUCUGGUUCAAUCCAGAGACCCAGGUCAGCGUGUGUGUGUUCAGUUGGAGAAGCAGAGCAGGGACCUGGGGUUCAGCCUGGAGGGCGGAGUGGGCUCCAGCCUUGGGGACAAGCCGCUCAGCAUACAGAAGGUCUUUCAGGGGGGUCCAGCUAGUCAGGUGCUUCCUGGGGACGAGGUGGUGGAGAUUAAUGGUGUGGACACCACAGGAAUGAGACGCCUAGAGGUCUGGACCUUCAUCAAGAACCUGCCCCCUGGCCCUGUGGAUGUUAUACUGCGCCGUCCUUUAACGACAUUGCAUACAUAAAGGUGGAUGUAUCCUGGGUAUCACGGCAUCUUCACUUUUGCUUACUUUCCGGGCAGCGAUGCAAGACCAUGUGCCUUAAAGACUGUCACCAGUAACAAGUAGGCUUGGUCCUCCUACCAGCCACACUAUUUUAGAAGGAAUUAAGACAGGAGUGAAGGAGAAGCAGAAGGGACGAUGAAGGAAGGCAUAUUGUCAACAACAAAGCACUGAAGAAAAAGCCUCUUAGACUAUGGAUCACUGUUACAAAGGAUGUAAUAUAUUGUGAAUAGAAGACAAAAUAUGUUUAAAACUAUUGUGUGCACUUAAUAAAUCCUAAAUUAAGCAAA